AUGUUGAGCAAGAAGUUCAAAGCCGUGUAUGAUGCCGGAGUUCGACUCGCAGCAAGGCAAGACCUCGAAACCGCCAACAAUGACCUCGAGCAAGCUACAAGCGCGCGAUACAUGCGGGAUUCACCUACGCAUACGGAAAAACAGGACGGGUACGCGCUCGGGAUACUGAUCACCUGUUGCUCCGAAUCGCAACAGCAGUAUGUCGCCGACAAGGACACCUACGUGGAUCCAUGGUGUGCGCUGGUCGAACACCAUGAGCCAAAGGCACGCGUCGACCGGCUCGCCACCCUAUCCGAAUACUUUCAACAUGAAGUGGAACACCAAACAAGAGAGUUUACCGCAGUUCGUGGAACGAUACGAGAUCGUUCUUCGUAA